AUGGAUUACCGCCACAAGAGGGAUGUGCACACUUCGCAUACGGAGCGCAGCAGCUCGACGCAAAUUCGCCAGGUGCAGAACGUUGCUUUUGCCGAUGCAACGGCUAAGGCUAACGUUCGGCCAUGGACAAAGGCCAUGUUCAAGCUAUAUCUCUGCCUUUUCAUCGCCACACUCAACUCGUGCAUCAACGGAUACGAUGGAUCGCUCAUGGGGGCAAUCAACAGUUACCCUCAGUAUCGUUCUUAUUUCAAUUUUAAUGAGACCGAGGGAACUCCUACUACUGGAAUCGUCUAUGCCAUUUACACCAUUGGGAAUCUAGUCGGAUCCUUCGUUGCUGGCCCUGCAACAGACUUCAGAGGAAGAAAAUGGGGGAUGUGUAUUGGUACCUCAAUCAUCAUAACCGGCGCCUGUAUCCAAGCAUCGUGCUCCAACCUAGCUGGUUUCAUGGGCGGUCGCUUCGUCCUCGGUUUUGGCGUUGCUAUUACUUCGACCGCUGGUCCCGCUUAUGUGUCUGAGAUGGCACACCCAUCCUACCGCGGCAUUUGCACAGGAAUCUUCAAUACUUUCUGGUACGUUGGUGGAAUCCCAGGCACUUUUGUUCCGUAUGGGACCAGCAAAAUCGACGGAUCACAGUCCUGGCGUUUUCCAAUAUGGCUUCAGAUGAUAUUCGCUGGUAUUGUGUUUGUGAGCUCGCCGUUCCUGCCAGAAACGCCUAGAUGGCUCAUCGCAAAUGACCGUCAUGAGGAAGCCCUGGAUACUAUGGCACGCUUUCAUGGCGAGGGUAACCGCGAUUCGCCUAUCGUCAAGCUGGAGUAUAAGGAGAUGGUCGAAGAUAUCAGCGUUACUGGAUCAGAUAAGAGAUGGUGGGAUUACCGAGAACUCUUCAACUCACGAGAAGCUCGAUACAGAACUAUGUUAGUAGUGUGCAUGGCGUUCUUUGGACAGUGGUCAGGUAAUGGCCCUGUAUCCUACUACUACCCAACUAUACUUCAGGGCGCUGGCAUAGCCAACAAUCGCACACGCCUUCUCUAUAACGGAAUGCAGAACGUUGUUUCAUUCGCCGGCGCGGUGUUUGGCGCCGUCUACACCGACUCCUGGGGCCGUCGACCCCAACUCCUCGUGUCCACCGGCCUACUCGUUGGCAUCCUCACUAUUGUCUGCGCCCUAGUUGCCACCAAUCUCAAAAAGGGACCAGAUGGAAAGCCAAUCUACGAUGCAAAUCAUACACCGCAAAUCGAGAGGAUCGGACAGGCAAGAGCAGUGAUCGCGUUCUUCUUUAUCUUCGGGUUUGUCUACUCGACAGGUUACACGCCGUUGCAGCAGCUAUAUCCGGUCGAGUGUCUACGAUAUGAAUCUAGGGCCAAAGGGAUGGCGUUUUACAACUUCUGGGUGAACAUUGCAAACUUCUACAACACCUUUGUUACUGGAAUUGCGUUUUCAGGCGCAGGAUGGAAGUACUACUUCCUAUUCAUCUUCUGGGACAUAUUCGAAUUCAUCGUCAUCUACUUCUUCUUCGUCGAAACACGUCGCCGCACCCUCGAGGAAAUCAGCGACAUCUUCAACGCAAAACAGCCAGUCAAACACUCCCUGAAUAAGACCCGUAUCAUUGUCCAUGGGAACGGAAGAGGUGUAACAGCGAUGCUUGACAAAGAGGAGAUGGUCAUGGAGAGGGAUUUUGGCAACGAUAUGGAUGGCGCCGGGGCAAGAGUUAUGGCGAGGAGGGAGAGGGAUUCAGCCGGGAGCGAAGGCAGGCUUGUGAGUCAUGAGUCUGUGAGAGACUCUUUGAGGGACAGGGUUAUGGAUCCGGGGAGGGGGAGUGGAGAGAGCGAGGGUAUGUCCGGUCGGUAUGAGAUGAGUAGUUGGAUGGAUAAUGGGGCGAAGUAUACAACCAAUUAG